CACUUAACUCUAAUUGCUCAUGUAAGUCGCUCUGGAUAAGAGCGUCUGCUAAAUGACUGAAAUGUAAAUAUGACCCCAAAAUGAUCUGUCUUGCAAUAAGUAGUCUAUGACAUUUCAGAUUUACAUAUGAUAAUUAACAAAGUAGUUUGGAUGUAGUAAACUACUUUUCAAAGUAACUUUAGUUAAGUAAACUUUAGUUUCCUUAAGGGUAGCAUUAGUGUAGCUUAACUUCUUCCAAUGUGAAGUAAUUGGAGCUUGGUAAACUAGCCUAUAUUUUCAGAGUAGCUUCCCCAACACUGCUGACCUUUGACCAAAUGUUUUUGUUUUUAAUUUAUGAAUGUCACAGAACCAGAGCAUCCAAGAAAAGUAUCCGAAGCACAGGGUCUGAUAAAUACAUUUGGAAUUGAACUGUUUUGGUUUUUGCUUUCAUUUCGUUUCAGUUGGCUAGACAUUACAUAAUGUAGGCUAAUUUCUCUGUAUUGAGUUCUAUGUUAAACCUACAAGCCUAUACAGUAUAAGUGCGCUUUAUGUGACACCACUCAAUUCUUAGUAGGCCUUUAUGGAAAUUCAAAAUAAUCACAUUCUCAUGCAAGAAUUUCCUCAACCACACACAAAGAUGGCGCCGUACUGUAUGGUUGCCUUCUUUGCUAAUUUAUGAUUUUUUUUUUCUUUUUUUUUAUAUAGUAAGCCUACUACUGAUAUUGAUUACUGAAUUGUUGGUAAAGCGUUUGCAGGAAAGCCAUUUCACUGGUCUUGUGCACGUGACAAUAAAAUUUGACAUUUUAACUAGAUUAUAACAGUUUAGAACACCUCCCCCCUACCUCUUGCGCCGAACACAUUGAACGUCACCUGUGUACACGCCCAACACCUACAGGUAAAGGUGAAUGCUACGGAGAACUGCGGGGGAAGGAGGAAUUAACGGUUGGAAAAAUUCAGGAUACCGCUGCUAUGGCCGAGUCUCAGCUUAUGUGCAUGGACGAAGAUCAUGUCAACGAAAAGAUACCCGAAUCCAAAGCAGAAUUCUACUACAGCGAGGAGCAGCGAUCCGCGCUCGAGCAACUAUUGAAGAACGGUGAUGGCGCGUUCAAGAUGCGACUGAAAGAGGACAACGUCAGAGACUUUCUAUCCACCCGCGAGAUUAAAUGGAUUCGAAAAACUUUUGAUGAAUAUGAUUCAGAUAGUGAGUCCGAGAAGGGCGAAUACGAAAAGGCUCAGGAGUCCAAUGCGGACUCGGGGGUCCACUCCACAUACUGGCCUCAGAUGUCAGACACGGAUGUCCCGCCGCUUGACAUCGGCUGGCCAGGCAGCACUGGUUUCUAUAAAGGUGUCACUCGAGUGUCCGUUCACACGCACCCACCCAAAGACAAGGGGCCCCAUAUAAAAGAGGUUGUCAGGAGACUCAUUCAAGAAUCUAACAAGGUAGUAGCCGUGGUCAUGGACCUCCUUACAGACCUGCAGAUCCUUCAGGACCUAUUGGACGCAGCACAGAGACGAGGGGUGGCGGUGUACAUCAUACUGGAGGCUCGUGGUAUGCCCCAUUUCCUGGAUAUGUGCACUCGUUUACAGAUCACUGCUCUGCAUCUACGGAACCUGCGUGUGCGGACGGUGAAAGGUUCUGGGCUGGCCCUGUCCUUUGGCAGGCUGCCUGGCUCUCUGUGCUCCAAAUACAUGCUGGUGGAUGGAGAAAAGGUUAUGUUUGGCUCUUACAGCUUCACAUGGAGCUCCUCUCGGAUGGACAGGAACACCAUCACAGUAAUGUCUGGGCAGGUGGUGGACUUCUUCGACAAUGACUUCAGGGAAAUGUAUGCUGUAUCUGAGAACGUGGACCUUUACAAGGAGUUCCACAUUAGCAAGCCUCCCAUGCCUGCGCCGGUACGGAAGGUGGUGGAGGUCCCCAAGCCCCUGUUGGUGUCCACCUCCCGUUUCCAGGUGUCUCUAGGGGACUCUCGGGGGCAGGCUGACCAGAGGGUGCCUGCGCAUAAAUACCACAACCCUAAGUAUUCUCUGGUGGUGGGGAACAGUCUGGGGCUCACUGGGUCCUUACAGGACCUCUCCACACGCAGAGACUCUCUGGGCAGUGGCCUCGAACAGAACGGCCUGUCGACGCUACUCCACGCCAAAGGGGGCAGUAGUGUUGAACUGAACAAGGUCACUGCGAAGUCCCCCAGUUUUCCUGUGGAGGAGGAGGAGGAGGAAGGGAGGCUUGAAGAAGCUCCAGGCCUUUGGUGGAAAGAAACAACGUAGUUCUUCAGGCUCUUCCUGAAAGGCAGAGGAUCCAAUCACAACAGUGAGACUAUAGAGGAGGAUGUGGCCACUCCUCCAAACCCCUCCUCCACCCGCCCAAACCCCUCCCCU